UAGAAACGAAAUUCUCGCCUUCACGAGUGAGUAGAUCAAGAAUGCAUGCAAGAACACACUCAUCAAUACACCUCACACGUGUGACACACGCUUGAUGGCGUAGAUGUACAUGUCUUGCACCCAUUGCAUCCAUUUUCAUGGCAAAAAACGAUGGAAAAACUACUUAAUUUUAAGAUCCGGCAUGACCAUUCCCUCGAUGACUAAAAAAGCUUCCACCAGCCUCCGCCAGAUGCGCUAGUGAAAAUCGAAAUUACACUAUCGAGUUCGGACAGUGUCCCCCGGCCGUUAUAAUUUUGAUAACAUAUAUUUGGAAGAUUUUUAAGGGCUUUCCUGAACAGCAAAACAAAAGAUAGGAAGAGAAUACAUUUCACAAAACGUUCGCAAAAGCAUAGACCUAAGGCGCAGUUGUUGUGGCCCAUAUUGCCCCAGUGUUUUGACGUAUCACAGUUUGUUUACAUAUGCCCAUUUUACCCCAGGGCUAUGCCCAUUUUGCCCAAAAUAGCUUCUUGUAAAACGUCAGCAUUUAUUUACCACUUUUUACUUGUUUUUUUUUUUAAUAUUUUCAUUGUAGCAAUUUUAUUCUAAAGAUUGAUGGUGGAGGCAUACAAUAAUGCAAGAAUAAUUGUGUUUUGUGACAUAUUCAAUGCCCAUUUUGCCCCGCUUUCCCCUACACUUUGUUUCUUCCUCUUUUCGAUUUAAGACGUUUUACGGACGUCACACAGGGCGUAAACUAAAAAAGUGUAUCUUUGAUUAGUAUGGGAGAGCGUAAACUUCCUUUCAAAAGAUUGUAGGGUUGUAUGGAUGAAAUUCAGUUUACGCCAAAGUUUACUCUUCGUGUGACGUCCUUCCCAAGCUCCCGACCACGCUGGUUUUCGCUGGUCUUUUCGGGGAUAAUUCGUUAACGAAUUAUCCCCGAAAAGACCAGCGAAAUACAUAUCAUUUUCGGGGAUAGUGAACACACGUGAAGGAUGAACCCAUGCAAAAAAGAGCUAAAAAUAGAAAUGAACAUUCGGAUUCAUUCCCUUCCCUCAUAUUCCAAUUCAUGCUCAUGCUUCAUCCUUGAUGCUACCAACCACAUCGCUAAUUCUACUUCGAAUCACUUUGCCAGUUGCGCCACCAUAUUAUUAUUCAUGAUCGUGCUAUUUGCUUGUUUUGUUGUAUGAAGGGGUACUGAUACUAAACGAAUUAAAAGAAAUAAAUAAAACAAUAAAAAUAAUAGAUUGACUAUUAAACACGCAUUUCUAACAAUGAGUAAAGGAGUCUGAAGUUACUGGAGCUGCAUGUUUUAAAAAGAAAUCAAAACUUUAAAUCAUCAAUGAAAACAAUAAAAAUGGAAUUGAACUCAUGUCGACCAUGGUGCAAACAUUACACCAUUACCAUUUGACCACUACUAGUUCAUGAACAUGAAUCGUUAUCUAGCAGUUUUAAACCCUUCAAAUAUAGCACAAUGAACAAAAAGAUGUGUAAAAGUUCAUCGAUGCGUGUGAGAGAGUAGAGCUGAUGAAUAGAAAUAGAUGGCAUGAGUUUGUGUUCAUUAUCCCCGAAAAAUUUCGCUUGGGUUAUCAAAUUGCACUGGAUAAGUCCACCUGAUCAAGGUGUUAUAAAUGACAAGGUGAAGUUGUUCAGAGCAAAAUGACAUUUCUCGACUUGACAUAUCUCUUCCGUGGGCUCCGGUAUAAAAAUCGGGGAGGGCUGGUGCGGGGUAAUGAAAUUUGUAUGCAGAGAGUGACAGUUGUCCCCCACAAUGUCGCCCAGCAAAAGCGAUAAAAAUCAACCUUCUAAAUACAUUAUCCUUGCACCUGAUAUAUCAACUCACUUUGGUCAAAAUAAACAAACAUCUAUUUCGAUGCACGUCGUGAUGCGUCUGUCAAAAUGAUUUAAACAUAUCGGGAGGAAAUUGAUAUUUAAACGUUAAAAUGUUUCGGGCGGAGUUUUGUGCGUAACUGAACAGAUCCCAUAGAAAUCUUCAUCCAUCAUGGCUACCAAAAUCGGAGUUAAGGACUCACCUGUAGUUUAUCUAGGCACCUUGGUGCCAUCUUUGAUUUUGGUAGCCAUGAUGGAUGGAGAUUUCUAUGGAGAUUGGCAGAUUGGGUGUUAUUGUUUCUAAGAACUUUGUAUGAGAUGUUGGCUGGUAUUAUUGAAUCCGUUCGUAGCGGCAGCGUACGUCCCGACACUCAUUUUCCUAACGUAUUAGAUGGUAGCUACAGUUAUUUACCGCGGCGUUGUAGGACCGGGCUCAAGAAAUGUGUUGCCAUCCCUAGAAUUUCAUGUGAGCGUCGUACGUUACCGCUACGAACGGAUUCAAUAAUACCAGCCGUUGGGUAUCUUCGGAAAUGCGGACGGAAAUCAAGAUUUAUCAUAGUACACUGAACGGACCAACCUGUAGUAAUUGAUGGACCUUACUUGGUACGUUUUUGAAAUGAAAAUUGAAAUGACAAUUUUCUUAAUAGGCCUUGCCUUGCGUUUUUGUGUUUUUUUUUCAAGAUCCGGGGUUUCGGGACUGUAUAAUUAUUUUAUUAAAAUCCGUUCGCGUACUUUGAUGGUUUUAUAUAAUGUUAUAUUUCAGACUGUGCUUCAGUUAGAAUGAAAUUAACACAUAUCAUAAACUGCCAAUAGCUCAACCAAAUCAAUAUGUAGUGCAGUGUUUAUUCUUAGUUUGGUGCAAAUCGAAAUCGUUAAAUAAAAAUAGAAGAUCUAUAUGAAAAAUGCCAUUUCAAGGUGAACAGCCAAUACCUGCGUCCAUAGAAGCGCUAGGAUAUCGAUGGAUAAAGCGAAUAAGUGAAGGGGCAUUUUCCAAGGUACAUCUUAUUGAAUAUCAUAACCGAGCAAACAAUUGUUUCGAAACGUUGGCUUGUAAACUGAUUGAUACAAAGAAGUGUAGUGAAAAGUUUCGAAAACGAUUUCUCCCAAGGGAAUUAACGGUACUGCUCCAUAUUCGUCACCCAUACAUCAUCCGCAUAAAUGCGAUUAUCAAGUGUCGCAACAAAAUUUGCAUCUUCAUGCGCUACGCCGAAAUGGGUGACAUGUUAUCUUUCGUGAUUGAGCACGGACCACUCAGAGAGACCCAGACACGCAUCUGGUGUCGACAACUUGCUUUGGCUGUUCAAUAUCUACACGAAUCAGGCAUUGCCCACAGGGAUCUAAAAUGCGAAAACAUUCUAUUGUCAGCAAAUUUGAACGUAAAACUGAGUGAUUUUGGAUUUGCUCGGUAUGUUACAGAAAAAAACCGACAACCGCAAUUAAGUACAACGUUUUGCGGUUCGUUCGACUAUUCAGCGCCUGAGUUGCUGAAAGGAAAGCCGUACAACCCGAAAGCAUCAGAUCUAUGGGCAUUAGGAGUUGUAUUGUACAUGCUGCUUAACAAAUCCGUACCGUUCAAGGGCAAAACUCGGCAAGUGUACGAACAACAAAUGGCCCGUGCUUGGAAGUUCCGAUCGCGUGUAAAUGACACAUUGUCGCCGGAAGUAAAAACACUGGUGCGAAGUUUACUCGAACCCAAUCCUUUGAUUCGAUGGACUGUCGAGGAAGUGCUGGUUUGUGAUUGGUUGAUUCAAGAUCGUCGUUUGAGAUCGUUGAACGCUGAAGAGUUUUCCGCCCUAGCAGAAGCAAGAAUUUUUGCAAGGUCUUCCGCUGAUAUUGAAAGUGUUAAAGAAAAACUUCGUUUGAUAGAGCACGCCGACCAAUCAGUCACAGUGAUAAAAUCAACUGGAUCAAAUUUAGACACUCGAAAUCAUUCUGAUUCGUUAUUGUCUAUGCAAACUUCAGUGCAAACUAAUACAUCAGGCUCCAGAAUAAAGGGUAGUAAAUGAAUGUUGAA